GCCAAACACACAGUACAAUAGUACAACCCCACUUUUUUUUUUCCUUUUAAUUUUUGAUAUAGUUCAGGACAUUCCACUUUUUCGUUAAGCGAAUCGGAGCUCGCUGUUUACCUUCGAGCUCAAGUCAACAUGGCUUCACCUUUACUAGCGCACGCGGCUCCCGUGCCUCGGAUUCACCUCCAGCCUCGCCAUCACUUUUGCCAAUUUGCCAACCUCGUCAUGACCUGGUAUCGCUCUUCUUUUCAAUUCCACCACCGCGAUACUAAGCAUGGCGCGGGAUUCGACCGCUAUGGUUGUAGCUCACCACGGACACGAAGACGACAACCCGCUGUUAGACCGUGUUGAAGCGGAGUUGUUCGCGAAGAUGGAGAACGGCAGCGCGAGGGAGGGACGGCAUAAGCAAAGCCAGAAGGGACCUGAGGACGAAGGCGAUCACAAGAAGCGAAAGAAGAAGCACCGGCAUAGCAGUCAAAGGAUGUCUUCGCAGGAUAUUGAUUACGACGCUGAUGGCAUGAGCGUUGACCUCGACGCGCCCCAGCGCUAUAUUCCAGCCUCGGAGAAGAAGCGGAAGUCAGAACACAAAGAGUCACAACACGAGAGAAAAUCUUCGGGCAGUCUGGGUAGAGGUGUGUUUGAGGGUGUUGCCGCCAUGGUUGAUACUGAGACACCUAAAAAGAAGCGCAAAUUAGACGAGAAAUGUUCUCCAGAAAACCUUGAGUUCUCUUACGUCGGUAAAAAGCCAGGUGCUGGGAAUAUUGGAGCUUUAGAGACUCUAAAGUCAACGCCAAGGAAGCACAAGAAGAACAGAAAGCUCGACGGUUCUGUCCAAUCGACGCCAAUCCAGCUCAACUCAAUCCCAGUCCAUGACGCAAAGUCAUACCUGACAACGAUCAUCAAAACAAGCCCACCAGCAGCACUAGCGAAAGCUGAGGAGAAUGCUUUCGGGAUGGCCUCAAGGAACAAGAAGAAGCUAAAGCUUUCCCAGGAGUCUCCACUCCAUCUUCAUACAAUUCCGGCUCACGAAUCUCCAGCAACCUCGAAUCACAUCCACUUCGACCAGGAUAACAACGGCGCUGAUGGAGUUUCUGAGAGAAAGAAGAAGAAAAAGAAGAAGAAGAAGGCCAAGCUUUCAGGAGAAUCGGUAGGGAAGACCUUCCUAGUCCCAUCCAGCCUGCUAACUCCAGCUGCCAAGGCUAACGGGGACCUAUUGCAAACUGUGCUUAAGGGUAGUAUUUCACACAGUUCGAGCAAUAUUUCAAGCUCCGAAGAAGCAAGGAAGGCAAGUUCCGUUCACAAGACAAGUUCCAUCGAGGAUAAGACCAAAGAACCUCCCCGUGUUGAAACCCCAAUCAGACCACCAAAGUCCAAGCUCGUUGUCCCAACCUCACCCUUUCCAAUCUGUCCGCAGGGAGAAGCUGGACAUGAAAUCAGAAAGGAAACUCCCAUUCCACCGCCGAAAAGGCUGGUCCCAACAGCAAACCGAAGCCCUGUCAUCCUCCCACAGCUUGCUCGACCCAAGAAAGUAAAGGCGGAGUCUAUGGCAGACAGCGAGGAAAACGACGAAGAAAGAGAAACUAAGAAACGCAAGAAGUCUGGUUCUAAGACUGCAAAGUCUAAGAAAGGUGCAGCAGAGGAAGAAACAUUCUCGCAGACCAUUACCUCGAUUAAGGGAGCUACGGAUCUCAAGAUUCACGAGCUGUUUUCGAACUUUGAGAGUGAUGAGGAAGAAGACCCUUUCGUCGAGGCUAUGGAUUCUAUCAAGAGAUCAUCGUCGAAGUUGCAGAAUUUGUUCUCAGCGAGGCCAGAUACCCUCCCCACACCUGCUGCACACGAGAAUGGGGAGAAGGGGGGCUCAUCCGCUAAGGUGGCAAGAGCAAGAAGCGUCUCAGUGAACACAGUACAGCCUUUAGUGUUCAAUGACGAAGGAGUGAACAAGCCGGGCGACGAUUGGGAAACAACGAUUGGUAAAGUUCGAUCAACUGCUGGAGGGGAUGAUGAUUCCGAGGCACAAGAAAAUAUAGCCUUCUCUUCCUCCUACGUCGCAUCCCGACCCAACGGAAUCAAGAUCUCCAACACGACUUUCCAAGUACACAAUCUGCGCCACAACGAAGGCUGGGUCGUCUCCUCCUCUUCCGACCGAGAAAGCAACAGUGACGGGAAGGUUUUCCAGUUAAAGAUCUGUACCGUAAUUUCGGGACGAGUUCAAGUUCGGUUGGGAAGUAAUGGCUUUGGUAUUGGCAAGGGAAGCGUGUUCAGGGUCCGGAGUGGGGAGGAGUGCGUGGUGCGGAACGAAGAGAAGAAGGUGGCUGCGGUGUGGGCUGUUUGCGUGGAAUAAAUGGAAGGAGGUUCUUCAGGGUGUUAGGGGGCUUAGACAUGGGUCGGUGAGUGCAAGAUUUAGUGACGAGAAACUUGGCCUAAAUUCGGCUGGUGAUGUACCUUGCGUUAUUGGCAGUUAGGGAACAGUAUCUGGGUAUGUAGACUCCUUCGAACCAGAGAAUGGCAAUGAGCACUUGAGCCGGAGUGGUUCAGUCAUAUAAAAGGUC